UAUUUUGUGUUCUCACACUCCGACAAAAUUGCUUUCAGUUUUUUCAUUGACAUUUCUCCCGUAUUAGCAUUCAGUGAUAGUAACAUUUCAAAUCCCAAUGGGAAUGGAAAAUUGUAUUGCUCGAAAAAAGGCGUAACUUUAACGAAUUCCGUAUUGAUUGAAGACCUGAACAGAAUGCUUCCAAGUCGAUUAUACGGUAUUAUUUCAUUCCUGAUAGCUGCAAUCACUGCAGUUCAAACCUCUAGGGUUCUUGAGCUUAGUGAUCGAUUUUUGGACGUCCGAAAUGAAGGUCAGUGGUUUGUCAUGUUUUACGCGCCUUGGUGCGCUCACUGCAAGAAGCUAGAACCAGUUUGGGCACACGUUGCUCAAGCACUGUACAACACCAACAUUCGAGUUGGCCGGGUGGAUUGCACUCGAUUCACCGCAGUGGCGCAAGCCUUCCGGGUAAAUGCAUAUCCCACCAUCAUGUUCAUAAAAGGCCCCUAUGAUUACGUGUAUAGUGGUGAACGCAGUAAGGAAGAACUGAUUCAUUUCGUGAACAGAAUGUCUGGCCCGCCAGUUCAACAAGUAACCCGAGUGGAAAGUUUCGACAUUCUGAAGGGUAAUAACCCGAUAUUCUUCACCUAUGUUGGUAAACAGGAUGGGAUACUGUGGGAUGUAUUCUAUAGUGCCGCCGAAGUGUAUCAGCCGCAUGGCUAUUUCUAUGCUACUUCAGUAGACAUCGCAAAACGACACUUUGUCAUUGACACUGUGCCGGCGGCUUUAGUGUACAAAGAGCGCACACAUUACUACUUCCCGUAUUCCGAUAACUUCGAGAUUAUUGAGCCGGCUCACUUGAAUGAGUCGCUUUUCCGAUGGGUUAACGAAGAGCGGUUUCCAACGUUUCCUAAAAUAACACGAAGUAACAUUCAUCAUAUUAUACAAACGAAAAAGUACCUUGUUCUAGCAGUGGUCGAAGAGAAUAAGCUAAACGAAAUAGCUGCUCACGAGCAGGAGUUCCGAGAUAUGGUGGAAAUUUUUGUCCACAAAAACAAACAAAAGUAUCACCUUCGAUUCCAGUUCGGGUGGGUUGGAACACCGGACCUAGCACAUUCAAUUGCUAUGGAUACGCUUUCCACCCCACACUUAAUAGUACUGAAUGCGAGCACCAAUGAACAUCAUAUACCGGAGGAUGAUCCCCUGCAGUUGACACCGGAGGCGAUCGAAAUUUUUCUAGAUAGCAUUCACAACCAAACAGCUCCGGCUUUUGGAGGUAAUUCGCUUCCUGUUCGUAUAUACCGUGCCUGGUUCGAAGCCAAAACUUCUCUGUACGACAUGUGGCAAGGUAAUCCGGUGUUAACCUCAGUGCUGUUCGGAUUGCCGUUGGGUUUUUUGUCGUUGAUAAUCUACUCGAUUUGCUGCGCGGACAUUCUGGAUGCCGAUGAAGACGAGGAAGAGGCAAAACACGAGAAAAAGGAAUAAAUGUGACGCGGAUAAGAAUCGUGAGUUCAAACGUAAACUAACUUCGUGACGGUCGAUCAGUGUUACUGAAGUAUUCUAAUAUAAAACAUCGGUCCUCAUGCAGCAUUUAAAAAAGCCGUGCGUAGCGGGGAAGACGGGAAGCACUUAGUUUCCUUCCACCAGAAAUUUUCUAGUCAUCCUUUAUAGUCGUAACAGAGCAUUAACAGUAUAUUCCUAGGCAUUACAUUUUCAUUCCUUCUAAAAGUCAAA